AUGCAGGUGUCCAUGGCGCUCGCCGCCGCCCCGGUGUUCCCGGCCGGCUCGCUGACGCUGCCGCUGCAGCGCUCGGGGAUCGCGAUCACGACGAGGGACCGGUUCGACGGGGCCGUGCCGGUGCCGCCGCCGCUCGUGGUGAGGCAUGGCGGCGGCGCGAAGCAGAAGGCCGUGGUCGUGAUGGGCGCCACUGGGACGGGCAAGUCGCGCCUCGCCGUCGACCUCGCUCUGCGGUUCGGCGGCGAGGUGAUCAACUCCGACAAGAUGCAGCUGUACGCCGGGUUGGAUGUGGUCACUAAUAAGGUGACCGCCGAUGAGUGCGCCGGCGUGCCGCACCAUUUGAUCGGGGUGGCGCACCCGGAUGAGGAGUUCACGGCCGCGGACUUCCGCCGUGAGGCCGCGCGCGCCGCGGCGGGGGCUGCCGAGAGGGGGCGGGUGCCGAUCAUCGCCGGUGGGUCGAACUCGUAUGUUGAGGAGCUCGUCGACGGCGAUCGCCGCGCGUUCCGGGAGCGGUACGAGUGCUGCUUCCUUUGGGUCGACGUGCAGCUCCCGGUGCUGCACGACUUCGUCGCUCGCCGCGUCGACGAGAUGUGCCGGCGCGGGCUCGUCGAGGAGGUGGCCGCGGCGUUCGACCCGCGCCGCACCGACUACUCCAGGGGCAUAUGGCGCGCCAUCGGCGUCCCCGAGCUCGACGCGUACCUCCGGUCGCGCGCCAACGCCGCCGCCGCCGCCGACAACGAGGAGCGGGCGCGCAUGCUCGCGGCGGCCGUCGGCGAGAUCAAGUCGAACACUUACCGCCUCGCGUGCCGGCAGCGCGGCAAGAUCCAGAGGCUAGCGCGCAUGUGGCGCGUCCGCCGCGUCGACGCCACUGAGGUGUUCCAGAAGCGCGGGGCCGCCGCUGACGAGGCGUGGGAGCGGCUCGUCGCCGCGCCCUGCAUCGACGCCGUCCGAUCAUUCCUCUUCGAGGACCAAGAAUGCAGCAGCAUCGCCGCCGGUAAAUCUCCCCUCUUCGCCUCCGGCAGCACCACUUCAAGAAGCGCCUCCGUCUUCGCCUCCACGGCCGGCGCCGCAGUGGCGGCCGGAGUCAUCUAAGAAGCGCGAGCACGCACCCUGUCCAACAUACACACACAUGCCCAAACACCGAGCAUGAGCACGCAAUGCCAUGCCACUCUCUGCACACUGCCAAUCGCCAUUGGCGAUGAUUCAGAGCUCGUCAGCUCAAACCGACAAAGUAUGAUGCAUGCUCACGCUGCUGCUGCGGUCAAACCCUCAAUGACUCGCAGUCUGCAGAGCAAGAUUGUUCAUAGGGUAAGGUCUACAAUUUACGCGGAGAGUUAACAUAUUUUCGAGCGUAAAUUUUGGUACUUCUAUGGAGGUAACAAAAUUUUACGCUAAAAAUCUGAUACCUCUAGUUACUUUCUCAAGAACCGUAAAAUUUUUCUUUUGGGCUCUUUUGCUUUUUUUUUUGUGGGAUAGUUUGUGAGACGAGGAGAUACAACGCGAGAAUGUAACCUAUGAGUUUUGAGUUUUCAUUUUUGUUUCUCCUCUGCUUUGGGGAUUGUAACUGUAACAGUAUUCAGUAGGAGUAAGAGUAUUGACCUUGCUGUUGAUUGGGGGUGAUGUAAUAGCUUCUAUCCUUGUA